CCCGCCCACAUACGCACAUAAUCUGAGGCUGGUUCCCAACACCCAGACUUCAGGUUGCCUCCCACUCAUGCUCACAGUGAGAGGAUCUGGCUUACAGCACCCAGAUCACAGCCUCCCGCCCUCUUCCAGCUGCACAGCCUGGAUCUGUCAACAGCUGUGAAAUGUGAAUGUAUUUUAGCCUGCUGAGCUCAAGUUACCAAGACGUAAUUUUCUAAAUCACCACUUCAGAAAGGAAAGAGUGACGGAAGAAGAUGGCAACGCUGUCUAAUGAUACAGCACUGAAUUCACUCCUCUCCAAAUUAUUACAAGAAUAUGUAGACCGGACAAAUAACUCUGCAUCUUCUCAGGCUGGAAAACCCAGUGACAAUCUGGAAAUCAUCUAUGUGCUCUUGUUGCUUGGUUUCUUUGGCUUUUUCACAUUUGGAACAAUGCUUAGCAACAUCCGCUCCAAAAAGCUUGAGCACUCAAAUGACCCAUACAAUGUGUACAUUGAAACAGAUAUUUGGCAUAAGCUGGAUGAGGCAAAUUUUCAUGCAAGAGUUGUGGGACAUUAUAAAUCGUGCUGUGUGUUUGAGAACCAGGUUGCUGUGGAGCAACCUAUUAAUCAGAUUCCUCAGGUGAAAUCUUCAUAGAGAAAUGGGAGAAAAGAUGGUCUGUUAACUUUACAGGUAUAGAGCCAGAUCUUCACCUGGUACAAAUGGAAGUAGCUCAUGGCCCAUCGGUGCAAAAUAAUUUUGCAUGUAGAACAAAAAAUCUCCUUCUGCAUAGCAUCUCCCAUGAUGUGGUAGCACUGCAUUUCAUACACUCCUUGUUCCAUGAAAUGGGACAAUUGUGCUGCAAAGCUUUCAACCUUGAAUAUCAGCUUGCAGUAAUCUCUAAGAUUCAGAACAGUAGGAGCCAGAUCCUCACUCGGUGUAAAUCAGCGUAGCUGCAUUGUUCUCACCAAUGAGGCUAGUUUAAAAAGUGGUUUAUACUUUGAGGCUGCAUCACAUAUUCUUACCACGAUCAAAAUUUAGAAUCUGCUGGUAGCAUUUGUAGUAACCUGCCUGAUUAAAACAAGAAUUCAUCUAGCCCAAGCUAGAAAUGUUAACAAUCAAGUAGCAUCUAGGCAAUUCCACCCUUUCAAAAUAUGGAAGAAGCUGAUCAAUAGAGCUAGUUGAAAUUUGUCAUUCAAAAGAUGUUUGAAGGAAAAACAAUCUUGUUACUAAAUGAAAAAUGUUGUGGAAGAUUUUUGUUUCUUUCCAAGUUUUCCAUGGUUUUGAUGGAAAUCUGAGAAAAAAAUUGGUUUCCAGUUUUGCAUGUAAAAAAAUCAGAAAAUUAUGUUGUGAAAAAUGUAAAUACAAUUUUCCAACUGACUCUACAGAUCAAUCCCGCUCUGUACUUUCUCCCUCCUCAGGAAGAAAGAUUAUGCACUAGGGAUGAAAUUCACCCAACUGCACAAGGUGAGCAUAAAGUCUGUGCAUCAUUUAUGUUCUGCUUACACGCUAUUUUGAUGGGAUUUAGGUGGUGCAUAGAUCUUGUGCUGCCAGUGCACAGGGUGAAUUUCAUGCUACGUGAUGAGUUUGUUUAGCAAACCUCUGAUAUUUAAGCCCCAAUUCAGUGAUGCACUUACAAAUGUGCUUAACUUCAAGCUUGUGAGUAGUUCCAUAGAAUACUCCAAAAUAGCAGUGUCACAUUCAGUACAUUUCCUUUAUUACACAGUGGCCAAAGCGCAGCCCAGCUGACGGCAAGAAGGUUUUUCUACCUGUCCAGUGCCAUUUGUUCGGUACUGAGCCCAGCUGAAAUGUGUCAGCUGAACUCAGCAACUUUGGGAAGGGGAAAGACUAAAAGAAACCGCAGGAAGCAUUUCUUGUCUCUGCGAAAACAGGGGACUGUGCCCUCGCCAGGCAACGCAGGCUCAACAAUAGGGCUCUCGGCCCCUCACCUCUGCGCCUUGUCUCAAAGGAGCAUGGUCUGAGCAAAAACGCCGUUUCAGCUGCACAUCGCAUAUACAGUUUCUGGUUCAAAAGUUCUUAUAAUUAAGGUGAGGUGGGAAGACAGUCCCCCUGGGUAGGGGUAACUCGUGUAAAGAGCCACUUCAGCUGCAGAGACAAGUAGGCAGGGGGCUGGAAAGAUAAGUGCAGCACCACAGGAUGUGCCACACCACAUACUUGGAAGACAUGUUGCUGUAAUUCACUGACUGUUCUCUUUCUAAGCUUAGGUACUCCUUAAAGCCCGACACUGUCAUUAGAAAUCAUCAUACUAUUAAAAAUAUUGCUUGUGCUAUUAGUGUUUGUGCUUAUUGUGCUACCAACAAUAGCUGAAAAUAAUUGGUGGAGAUUGUCAAAGCAGUUUAGGGGAUUUAGACAAGUACCUUCCAUUAAUGUGAGUGGAAGGUAUAUGUUUUAUGUGCCCUAGACUGCUCCAAGAAUCUCAGUCAUUGUUAUUAUCUGAUUCACUUUUUCUAGAACAAAGCAACGUAUCCAAACACCCUUCGACUUUGGGGAGAAGAGCCUUCCUGGCUUGGAACUUUUCUUCUUAGUGCCAUUUAUGCUGUUUAUUUAUUUUUUGAAUUUCCCUCAGCUUGAACAAAUGAAAACAGGCUAAGCAGUUUUGCUUUCUAGUUCUCCUGCAGAAGGCCUGUACUAUACAGUUUAGAGUGAAGUGUUGCUGCGAAAUGUUUAAACCUGAACAAAAACCAACUAAAACAUUUUAACAAAUACUAUUAAUGUUAGCUUUUGUUGAAAGUUUUUUAAACAAAUAACUCCCCCACCUAAGUUUUGGCCCUAAACUACAUGGCAGUGUCCUUGUUAAAAAGAAUGUACAUUACUUGCAGUAUAAUUAUUAGUGGUGAAGGUGACUGACAUUUUUAGUUAUUAUAUAACUUCUAUGUUGUUUUAAAACUAUAAUUUUCUUUAUUUAUAAAAGGGGGGAAUACAAUUUUAUAGUAAUUAUUUCCUCUAUAGAGGAGCUAUUAAUUGGCUUUUCAAUGGUGGUGUAAAAGUGUACCAUAGAUUUGGAAUGUUAACUUUAUAAUUUUUUUCCAGUUUGUUUUGUGAAAAUCAUUUUCCUUUUUACAAACUCAAUAAACUGUGUAAUUACAAAA